CUCGUGCGCGAGAUGGGGAGUCUUAAUCAGUCCCGCGACUCCGGGAUUAAUAAUAAAUGCGGUUGUUUCUUUUUAUUUCUUUUUUUUUUUAACUUGAAAUUAUUGGUACAUCGGUAUUUUUGUCAGAGUCAGAAAGUUUAAUCGAACAACGGCGACUUCAAUCUGUGCUUCCAAUGAUUGCUCGAUUACCUGUCACACUUACAACGGAAUAGAUUUGAUGUAGAGCCGGAAGAGGGAGAAGGAAAAAGAAAUCAGCGGAGAGAGGUAUACCGAGUGUAUAAAAUGCACAUGUGCAGGCCAUAUGAUUCUUGGACGUGCACGUGCGCAAUGAAAGUGCGCAGCUGAUCGGACGAAUGGCUUAAUGCACACACGUGCUUGCGCAUAACAAAAGAUGAGCUGAUUUAAGCACAAGUUUGUUUCCAAGGAUACGUUUCCAAAUUUUUGCGCAAAUCUUUCGUCGUUUGUAUGAGCGAUGUUUUUUUUUUCGGAAAGGUUGGAGGUGAAUAUUAUUUAAACAAUUGUGUUUUGCAGCAGUAUCUUGGUGACGAUACCUCUUAUCACGCGUGAUAUAUAUAUAUACGCAGCUGAGAAGCAUCGAAGUUGCGUGUGUCGUGCGAACACGUCCGAUUUAACCUAACCUAAUCCGACGAGUCUCGUACAAGCGUCGCUGUGUAGCCUAGCGUUAUUUUGACUCAUCUGAGAGGCGAACUCACAGCUGAUAGCGCGUCACAUACGUUGCAGUAGGUGAUAGUCCGUCGUAACGUUAACAACAAACAUGAAUCUUACACCUAGAAGAUCAUACAAAGAAAAACGUACCUUCGACCAACGAUAUGCCACUGCAUUGGAAAUCAGAAGGCAAUAUCCCAAUAAAAUUCCUGUGAUUGUGGAACGUUACAAGUGCGAAAGACAAUUGCCACUUUUGGACAAGAAUAAGUAUCUGUUACCGGAUUUUUUAACCGUAGCAGAAUUCCUCGUAAUAAUCAGGCGCCGAUUACAACUAAAUCCAACACAAGCAAUCUUCCUACUAGUAAACCAAAGAUGUGUUGCAAGCUGUAGCAUGACUAUGGGUCAACUGUAUCAGCAAGAACGAGAUUCAGAUGGUUUUGUUUAUGUUACAUUUGCUAGUCAGGAUGUAUUUGGCAGUUCGGAAUGUGCAAGAGAGUUGCUGCAUCAUUAACCCCGAGCUUUACUACUUUAAAUCAA